CGGUACGCGGUGUUUCUGCUUGCUGGCUACCUGUAACUGAAGUGGAGGUGGAGUAGGCGAAGGUCUUUCAGUAGAUCCUCAUCUUCAUCACCGGUGCACCAUCAAACUGUCACAGCGUCAGCUGCGCCUGGUAAGAGUGGCGUAUGCGAAAGCCUUGUUCCUGACCGUGUGAACCACUCACUUCUCUGAGUUAUCCGUGUCCGAGCUACCUGAGGCAAAUACCGCAAAGGCUUCCGUUUGAAAGAUUUUACCAGAUCCCACGCCCUCUGGAUCGCCGAGGGCGAAAAGGUGGAUAAAGUAACACGUUAGUUGAAGCAAAAAAAUGGGCACGUUUAGGUUCGGCUAUUUUCUGCUGCUGGUGUUGAUGUGUGUGGUCUACACCUCGCUUGCUCUACCCACCAAGCAUCGCUUCAGCAAACUUGGCUUCGGAGAAGAAUGGUGGAGACGUCAGCAGCGGGGUGAGCUACACGGCCCCGCCGAUCGACAACGCACUCGGCACGGGAACAGGAAUGGGCGGCCAGUGCAAGCGAGUGGUGGACAGGACACCACCGUCAAUGUGUGGCAGAGAUUGGACUCGGAGUUUUACGAUGUGUCUGGGGAGACGCCGGAGUCGGCAGAGAUCGUGUCAGCAGGUCUGUACAAAGACAUGGCCGGUGAUGACAUCCACGCACACGGCGGUGGCAUCUAUGCGGAGAACGGCACCUACUACUGGUUCGGCACCUCGCAGAAGAUCUUGCCCGGCGAGCUGUCCGACGGCAUCAACGUGUACAAGUCCACUGACCUGCAGCACUGGGAGUUUGGCGCCAAGGUGUUCAAGAACACCAGCAUCACCGUUCCACUACAGCCCCAGAAGCUGUACCGAAUUGAGCGCCCCAAAGUUAUCUACAACAAGAAAACGGAAACAUAUGUGAUGUACUUUCACUUGGACGACUCCAGCUUUGGUCUGAGAAUGGUUGGAGUUGCCACUUCGAAGACAGUCAUGGGAGAAUACCAAUUUGUGGCAGGAUGGAAGCCUGAUGGACAGGAUAGUUUCGACAUGUCUCUGUUCUAUGACGAUCAGUCGGAUGAUGCUUACCUUGUCCGCAGUGUACGCAAUCAGUUUGCAGGAAUCAGCAAGCUGACAGAUGACUUCCUGAACACAACUGGCAUCACCAGCCAGGGUCCACGCAUCGAGGGACAAGCAAUAUUCCGUCGCAAUGGCAAAUACUACAUGAUCGGCUCUCACUUGACAGGGUGGAGCGCCAAUCCUGCCGUGAUGAGCGUGGCUGACAAGACGGACACGUUGGUCGAUGCAAAGUGGACGGUCCUGGGCAACCCUACAGGUGAUUCUACAACCUUUCAUUCCCAGUCGACGUUUGUCUUGACCUACACGCAUCCGAGUGGAAAGGUGCUGAACAUGUUCAUGGCCGACAGGUGGAAAGCACCAGAUGUGAAGGAUGCCGACUAUCUAUGGCUGCCGUUUGUGGAAGAAAGCGGCAAGCUAAACAUCACAUAUGUGGAUACGUGGAAAGUCAAGGACUACUAACCAUGGUUACCAAGAGUACAUACCCCCCCCCCCCCGGCCCCACAGUGUGCAACGCCUGUGAUCCAACUCUGCAUAAGGUCUUGGUCGAGCAUAGUCGGAUCUUCUGAUGGCAUGUGUACGCUCCACACCAGCGCAAGGCUAUAAUUAUGACAUUAUUAUUAUAAUUAUUAUUACAGUCCAUUCAUAAAAAGAUUUUUUUUUUUCGAUAGUGAGGAAAAUGUUAUCAACUCCAAAGCACGAAAAAGGCCAAAAACUAAACCAAGAACAUAUGCAAUAUUAAACAUGUUAUUUAUAAAGACAGGACAAGUGAAUAAUUAGUCAGUCCAUUGUUCAUGAUGAUCUCCGACGGUUACGUCGGCAAGCGAGCCUCCGCCACUGCCAAAGCAGCGUGGGCUCCGCAGGAGGGUGCAAAUUUCAAACCAAAAUUUAAACGCCUACAACCGCGAAUGCACAUGAUACAGGAUUUCAGAAGGCUGAAGGAAAUCCUGCAUCUAACAAAUGCCAUAACAUGAGAGUAAUGCUCACCCCUCUUCUCCGCCAACAGAUGAGCAAUUCGUUUGUACAGUGCUGUUGAUGCCGGACCCAUUCCGCCACUGGCUGACAUGACCGCCGGAACAAAGGAGGCUUGCUCAACCUGCCUCACCCGCUCCUCAUAGUGCCUUCUCUUUUCUUUUUCAUGUCGCUGAUACACAAUAGUAUGUGGUGCAGAUCGAUUUGAGCGUGAGUGAGGAUUAAAAACCCGUA